CAAAAAUAUUUAGUUUCUUCUGGAUGUUUUCUGCUGCUGUCCUGUGAGUGACUAGCGCGUUUAUUUAUUAAAGUGAGGGCGGCUGUUUAAGCGGUUAAAGUAUUUGUUUAUGUAAAAUCUUUGUUUCCAUACUUUCUGGGAUCCUGUUGCACGCAAACCAAACGUCCCUCUUUCUUUCUUUCUUUUCUGGCAUGUUCCACACCGACUCCUUUACUUUGAAAAGACACAACCGGAAGUGUUUUUUCCCGGCUCCGCUAGCUUGACGGUUGGAGGCGAAGGAAGCGGAGAAAAGGCCGACAGGGAGGGACUAGCCUGCUGGAGGAAUGCCGUCCGCAGGCACCGCUGCCGGGAGAUAACUGGCUCUGAAUCAGGAUGAAGGAGGGAAUAAAAACGGCGGACCGAGCUGUGGGACCGUGGAGGAGGCCGGCUCCCGCGCCCCCCGUCAGCGGACGUUGGUAGCCGCCUGCCCGGCUUGCUAGCCCGGAGUCCUUCAAAACCUCCGCUGGAAAAUCACGGAUCACCUCUGCGCUGAAAAGCUCGACCGAAGCCAGCCGGGAUCGGACGAACGGACGGACGGACUGACGGACGGACGGACGGGGUUCAACCCCCCCACCCCCUCUCCCCUUUCCCCGCCGCACGUUGACCUCGAGCUCCGAGGCGUCUGUCCUCCGCCGCCGGAAUCGAGCUAGCAUCCUCUGGAGUCGGAUGGAGCAGCGGCUCUCGCAGCAUCACCGCCCGAGAAUCCUGCGAGCCCGCGCCGCCCUGCCCGCCGCACCGGAGCGUUGAGUAGCCGCCGAGGAUGACCGGAGCCCUCACGCCCGCAGGCGCCGCGCUCACGAUGUGAUGCCCGCGCGGAGCUCGCACCAUGGCCGGCCGCUUGCCUCCAUCCCCGCGGAAGACACUCUCACGGGCAGCGGGGGUUCCGAACACACAGCGCCGAGGCGGACGCGCCGUGGCCGGGUAGCGCGCACAGACUUGACGUGAACUUCACCCCCCCCCUCUCCUCCUCCUCCUCCUCCUCCACACACACCAAUGGUGUCUCACUCGGUCGUGGGGGCCAUCGUCCUGCUGAACGUCUACAUCGGGGCGCAGUCGGUGUUCUGCCUGCUCGGCGGCGUCCUGCUGGCGCUGCUGUGCGCCAUGGCGUUCCUGAGCGGACCGCGGCUGCUGGACUGGGCCAGCUCCCCGCCGCACCUCCAGUUCAACAGAUACGUGCUGACGGGAUACCGGCCCGUGUCCUCGGUGCAGGACUGCAUCAGGAGCCUUUUCUACCUCCACAACGAGCUGGGCAACAUCUACACGCACGGCAUCCCGCUGGUUUGCUUCCUGGUGCUGCUGCCCCUCAACAUCCCCUGGUCUCAGAUCAGCGUCACCUGGCUGGGCGUGGUGCACUUCCUGGCCUGCCUGUCGCCCCAGCUGGGCUCCGUGCUCUACCACCUGUUUAUGAACCACGAGGGCGGCGAGCCCGUCUACCACACCCUGCUGAAGCUGGACGUCUGUGGGAUCUGCAUGAUCAACACGCUGGGAGCGCUGCCCAUCGUCUACAUCACGCUGUGGUGCUUCCCCUUCGUCCGCACCGUCUCGCUGCUCGUCUACAUCCUGCUGUCCAGCCACGCCAUCUACUGCGCCGUCACCGCGCGCAGCAGCGUGCGCCGCCUGCGCUCCUUCGCCUGGCAGGCCGUGUUCCGCUUCUCCUUCUUCCUGCUGCGCGGCGUGGGCGUGGGCGGCGGCAGCCCCACCUCGCUCCGCCACUUCCUCAUGAUGGACGCGCUGGCCGUGCUGGGCGGGGUCAUCAACAUCGCCCGCAUCCCCGAGCGCUUCCGCCCGGGCCUCUUCGACUACUGGUGCAACAGCCACCAGAUCAUGCACGUGCUGGUGGUGGGCUCCAUCCUCUACCUCCACUGGGGCGUCCUGGACGACCUGCUGUGGGUCAACAGCUACACCUGUCCCUCCGACUGACCCGCACCCCCGCCCCCCCACCCAGGAGCCCCGGGACAGAGAGGAGGAGGCGCCCUGGGGGGCCGGGGGUCUUUGCAUGUUUCACACUCAGAAUGUUUAUAUCUUCAUCCCUCCUCAGACGUUCUGCAGAAGGCAGAUAAAAGCGGCGAGACGCUCAGAGACGUGGACAGAGACGUGGACAGAGACGUGGUCAGGACCACGGACAGAGACGUGGUCAGAGACGUGGUCAGGACCACGGACAGAGACGUGGACACGGCAGCCGCAGAAGACUUUUAAAGGGUGAAGCUCGCCAACGUAGUUCCUCGUUUAUGAACGCUUUGGUUCCCAGCAGACAGACUUUAUCGAGGUUUUGUUGCUGCUGCUGUUGUUGUUGUUUUUUCACUUUACUGUUAAUUAAAGGGAAAUCUGACUGCUUGGAAGUAAAGCGUGAAGAAACGAGGGACGGUUUAAAGGUUUCUGUGAUGGUAUUUUAAACGACGGACGCGCUCGGAUGUCACUGUUGCUACCUAUGCAGCACAUCCAUAUCCUGACCCGUCACCAUCGCAGCACAGCCUGCCUGGCAUGUUGGCCUCUUUCUUCUGUUGAUGUUUCUGGGUGAAUUCCCUCUCUAAUGACGCAGCUCACUGAUUAUUUUCUGUUUUUUUACGUUGGACUGAGGGGUGAGGGGUUCAUUCCUGAGUCUGCUUCACCUCCAGGGACAGAGCAGCGUUAUCCACCAUCUGAGUUUACAGCUUGUGUUGUGGGUCAAACCGAAUCCUUGCACUGAGAUUUAAUUACUUUAUAUUUAAAGCACUGUUGUCAUUCGCAGAGGUCCGGGUCUAAACUAUGAACUUUUUCACAUUUUGUCACAUCACAGCCGUAAACGUCACAUGAUUUUAGUGGCAUUUUAUGCAAAGUUGCUGGUAAUUUAAAAGAAAACUUUUAUUUUUAUUGUGUUUGUGUUGAGCCCCCUUUACUCUGAGCAGCUCCCUGCUGAUGAGUCCAGGUUUCUUCUCUCCCACUAAGGCCAAACUACAACAUAUUCUCCCACCUGAGCUGUGGAGCUCUGCCGCUCCUCCAGAGUCACCAUAACACAUGAAUGCUCUCGUGGUCCUGUGUAGUUGUAGGUCUUCAUGGUGCGUUUCCUCCUCUGAUGUCCUCCUGACAAACGUCCCACACCUUCACAGACAUCAGAGUAAAGGGAGUGGAACACAAAUGCACGCCGCACUUUUCAGAUUGGCAUUAAACGCAUUGAGAGCUGCAUCUUCCUGCAACAGUGAAGUGUGUGGUAGUAAUGUGACGAGGCAUGAAAAUGUUCAGGUGUAAAACACUUUUACAAAAGUUAAACAGGACUUUUUAUUUAUUCUUUAUUUUUUAUGCACUUCUAUUUAACCUCAGGUUUUUGGUCUUGUGAAGAUCCAGACGAUCGUGUUCCUCUGUCCGCUCUUUGGAUUUAGAUGUUUAUGUGGCGCUUAAACCUAAAGAUGUCAGUUAAUAUUUGCCAAAAGUACUUUAAAAAAAUACUUUACACAGUGAAGGCCAAAAUAUUUAGUUUGCUUGUUCAGGGAAAUUGAUGAUUAUUUAAUUUAUUACUCCUGGUAUUUAGGUUUUAUUUAUUCUACAGUAAAUUUCUUGAUCUGAUGCUUAAACAAUUGGAGAGUCAGAUCUGUUUAGGGGUCAAAUAUAAAUAAUUUUAGCUGUAGCUCAUAAACUACUGACUGAUCCUGCUGUAGCUGCAUGUUUACAUUCAGUUGGAACGUUUUCUGUCAUUUCUGACACUAAAUAGCCGCAUAUUUGCCACUUUAUAUUUCUGGUGGAAACACUCCAGCCACAUGUGUUUUUAUGACGACUUGCACUUUGUUUUUGAAGCAAAUGUUCCCUUCAGCCUGUUUCAGUGUGUUGUUGUUUUAAUGUGCGCAUUUAUCCGGCCUAGCUGCUGUGACCAGGAAUGAACCUCCUCACCCUCACCUUGUUUUAAUCUGCGCUUUGGUUCCUUUCUUCGUCUUUUAUCAGCCGUUUAGUCCCGGCUACAGCAAAGUGCCGGGCUGCUGCGCCUGUCUUAGGUCUGAGGCGUUUUCCUCGCCACCACAGGAGGCGUGGCUCACACCUGCUCCAGGUGAGAGGCGGCAUUCCCAGAGUCGCUGACCUCAGAGCGUGACGCUACCACUCCCAGAGCCCCUGUGAAAUCCUCUGUGACACUUCUAACCCCCCCCCUGGAAGUCAAGUUUGCGAUGUAAAAGCAGAAACUAAUGUAUUUUGGCCGUUGAAUGAAACUAAACCUUUGCAUGAUCGUAACUGUGGAACAGAAGCCGAUGUGUGGUCGUGUUAGCCAAUCAUCCGCCCGUUGUAACGCAGUCUGCCUGGACGCCACUGCUCUGAUACCUGACCUCCAAAGGGCUCUGGACCGGAACAGAACCCGUUUUAAGGUCAUAGAGAUGACUGUAAAUACUUGUGCGUGGAUUAAAUGAGCGUGCAGCCCAGACAGGAAGGCAGACGAGGCUUCACUGCUGUGCUUUAGACGUCAGCAUCCAAAUGUUUUGCUUAGCUGUGUCCUCAUAUAUGUAAAGAACCGAGAAGAGGAUCCUUGAAGUUGGUCCAGCGCUAAAUGUAGAGCCGCUUUCAAAAUGUAACCACAUGUUUAGACACAGAAGAAAGACAUUGAUGGCCUCCCUUGGUGGGCAUGUGGGUUCCUCCUGACCACAAUCAAUCUAUGCAUAAUCAGCCAAAGGACGCACCGGGCUCCCGUAGAACCGGCUCUGAUCCGCUCGCUCCGACAUCAGGCUGCCGUAGCGUUCCCAGGACCCAGACGUGGCUCCAGCGGCCCGCCUCGGUCCAGUCUGUUGGCUCUAUGAACCUGUAAGGAGCAGAAGAAGGGACGCGAUUGGUCAGAAGACUUUUGUCUGUAUGUCAAAUGGGGAAAAAAGGUCGAACAUCACUAACAAAACUUUCUUCUUGUUUUUUUUUUUUUAAAUGAACACAGGUGCCGGAUAGCCUGUUAACAACCUGUUUAUAAUGACUUAUCUGUACUGUCAAAAACUGAUUAAUAUUAUUAUUAUAUCUGUAAUAUUGUGGAUCCUAACUUUGACACUGGUCUACAGAACUGUGCAAAAGUCUUGGGUCUCCCUUAUUUCAGCCACAUGUUCCUGUCGUCUUUAGAAGCAGUCGUGAUCGGCGCUUAAAUUUACUUUUUUUGCUCAAUUUUAUGCCGUUUUCAGGGGAAUCCUUUUAUUAAUCCACCAUAAAGUGGACUAAAAAUGCGUUAGUAAACAGCAAACAUCCAUUAGGACCAGUUUGAAACAUUACAGAACACUGUUUUUGUGUUUUUGUUUUUUUUUUUUCUAACAGUGUCCAAACAGAAUACAACAUAAAGGUGGUUUAAAACUUUUGCACAGUCCUGUGCACAUGUGGCGAGAGAAGCCCUUUCCUUGAGGAUGAAGGGAGCUUUCAGGAGGGUCUGUCUGUUACGGCCCGUCAAAGCUGCAGCGGCUCCACACCUGCGCGUCUGGCUCCACCUGCUGGACGCCGGCGCGACUGCAGCCAUACCUCAGCCAAAUGAAUUAACAUGUGUCCCUGGGUGGAGGAGCACUUCUCCUCCACCUGUUUCUUUAGACCUGUGCUCAUGUGUGUGUGACCUGUCCUGCUGAACAUGCAAGCAUGAAAUUCUGCUGUCCCAGCCAGACGAGGCCCGGCGGGGUGCGUUCCCGCUGGGAGCUUCUGGAGUGAUGGACACUCAUUCUGCACCGCUCUCCUCAUGUCUGUCCAGCGUUAGCGUUCCUGUGUAACAGACAGGCUCUCAGACUCCUCAGUCUCCAGCAACGAUUGUGCAAUAAACUUGAAUCUAUAUUUUUAAA